CUUACCCCUUCCCCUCUCCCCCACGAUGCCCGCCCUCACCACCAACAACCCAUCUUCCUCUGCGGCCUCAUCAAGCUCCGCCUCGUCCUCCGGCCCGGCGGCGCGCACCACCUACGAGCCACUCAGCAGCGCCAAGGGUCCAGCCGGCUCAUCGAACCCACCUCGCGUCUCCCUGCCCAUUCCCAUCGGCAACGUCGCACUCAACACGGUCAACGACAUCGAGAAGGCGCGCAGUAAGGCUGCCUUUGACCCGGCCAAGAUUGAAGAGGUCAUCAGGGAUGGAAGGAUCGAUAAUGAGUCGAGGAGGAAGAUCAUCAAGACGCUCGAUGCCGAUGAGGUCUUUGGCGAUUGGAAGAAGAGGAUGCUCCACUUCAAUCGUGAGCAACAGAUGGCCAUGUCCCACAAAGCCUGCCGACGCCUCCUCGACAUCGCCGAGCGCGACGAGUGGGACACACAGGAGAUCAUCGAAGCCGCCAUCUCCCUCGACCUCCAGUCCCCCGUCACCAUCCACUGGGUCGCCUUCGUUCCCGUAAUCAUGUCGCAAGGCUCACCCGAGCAGGUGGAGCGAUGGGGCGGUCGUGCGAUGAAUCACGAGAUCUUGGGUGCAUACCUCCAGACCGAGCUCGGCCAUGGGACCAACGUGCAAGGACUCGAGACUCUCGCCACCUACGACGAGGAGAGCGACUCCUUCGACAUCCACUCGCCAACGCUCACCUCCACCAAGUGGUGGGCGGGCGGCUCCGGCCUCACCUGCACGCACGGCAUCGUCCAAGCACAGCUCUACAUCAAGGGGCGCAGGUACGGCCCUCACCUCUUCUUUGUACCCAUGCGCUCCCUCGAGACGCACGAGAAGCUCCCCGGCAUCGUAGCAGGCGACAUCGGUCCCAAGACGUACGGCGCCUUUGGUGGGCUGGACAAUGGGUGGGUCCGCUUCGACCACGUCAAGAUCCCGCGCGACAACAUGCUGGGGAAGCACGCACACGUGAAAAAGGGAGGAGAGUACGUCAAGCCCCCGAGUGACAAGUUGAGCUAUGGAGGGAUGAUCUUCAUCCGUUCGCAGAUGAUCGACAGGACCGGCUGGAUGCUCUCCCGCGGUAUCACAAUCGCGACGCGUUACUCGCUCGUGCGCAGGCAGUUCCGCGACCCGGACGCCAAAGAGGGUGAAAUCGAGCGCAGCGUGUUGAGCUAUCCCUCUCUCAACCGACGCCUGAUGCCCCUCCUCGCCAAGUCCUUCGCCUACAUCAUCGCGGGGCGCCGCAUGCGUAUCCUCUACGAGGAGAUGGCCUCUCAGCUCGAGUCGGGCGACACGACCCUCCUCGCCGACGUCCACGUCGCUUCCUCCUCCCUCAAGGCCUACUGCACCAAACAGUCCCUCGACGGUAUAGAGGAGUGUCGCCAGGCCCUGGGAGGACACGGCUUCUCCGCCUACGCCGGGUUCUCGAGCCUGUUCCCCGACCAGGCACCAACGGUCACCUACGAGGGGGACAACUAUGUCCUCUGCCAGCAAGUGGGGCGAGCAAUGCUCAAGAUCGCAGGAGAGUUGCAGCGCAACCCGCAGGGCGCCAACGUGUCGAACACGACGGACUUCCUCCGCGCUCUCGCCACGCCCAAUGCUAUCCCGUACACGGCGCCGCAGACGGCCGAGGAGUGGCUGCGCCCCGAGUCCUGGACGGGGGCCCUGCGUUUGCGCUGCGCACGCAGGGUCGCGGACCUGCAGGCCGAGAUCACCCAAGCUGGGCGACGCUUCGUUGACUUGAGCUGGGACUGUGUAGAGGUGGCCAAAUCACACGCCGAGAUUGUCGUCAAUGCGUGGUUCACCGAGGGGGUCGAGGGGGACGCCCAGGCCUACGGAGAGGAGGCCAGCCACUGGUUGCGCAAGAUCGUUGCCUUGAAUGGUUUGACGUCCGUUGCCAGGGAUAUCACACCGCUCGCCCUUCCCGCGGCCGAGGGUCGCGAGUUGGCAGGGUACAAGAGUGGGCAAGCCGUCCUCGGCCCCAAGUCCGUUCUGGCACUGGAGGCGGCGGUACGCUCCUUGGUAGAGGAGGUGCUCGGUCAAGCGAUCCCAAUGUGCGACAGCUUUGGUUGGAGCGAUUGGGAGCUUGGCUCCAGUCUUGGUAGGAAGGACGGGCGUGUCUAUGAGAGUCUGAUGGCUGAGGCGGAGGGCAACCCGCUCAACCACGCCCCCAAGGGGAACAGCAUCGACGACGUUGGGCGAUACACGUACUCGGCGCCGAAUGGGGGCAAGUACAUCAGUCAUACCUUCAGGGAGGAGCUCGAGCCUUUGUUCAGGGCUGCGGCUGCUAGGAGUGGGGAGGAGCCCAUCAAGGGGAGUGGGGCAAAGCUGUAGUAGAGAACAGUAGACGCGUGGACCCCGCCCGCGACUUGGCGAACUGCUGAGAUUGAUCUUUCUGUAAAUUCCCUCCGACAGCUUUACAUCUGGGCUUAGGCUAGGCUAGACGAACCUUUCUCUUCUAUCUCUCUUUGUGGUGUCUUUGAAUAAUAACGACAGAAUGACUUCUCGAC